UCAAUUUCAGUAUGCGUGUUCUAUAGACAACUGUGAUGUUCAAUCAUCUUCAAAUCAAGCAGAAAAACCGCGAAUCGCAACACUUUUAAGCCUACUUUGAGCGCCUACUAUCUGGCCACCACUAAUCAGCGCGGAAAGGAUGAGCGAUGUAUUCGAGGGUUUAUUAGAAGCUCAGCAUCUUACUGGGUUAAGAAUUUGAAGAAGCCGCACAUUCUCCUCGAUGACGUCGCUUCUGGCGGGGCACGCAACGAAACGGCAAAACAAAACUUAAAUUUCGAUGCUGAUAAGGCGUCGUCGUACCCGGCUGUAUGUGUGCAAAUAGAACAAGCUUUAUUAGCCAUAUAUGUAAAUCAUCCUGCAACAGUGAGCUUGUGGUGUGCGGUAAUAGAAGGAGAUGUUCUACCUCGAAGCGGGACGAUUCCAUCGGAGAUAGUUGAUAAUCGAACUGCCGGUCGACAAGAGGUAAUACAAAUCUAUUCGUGUACGUGCUUCUAAAAACGUCGUUAGACUGUAGAAGAAAAGUGAAAUUCUGUGAGAUUAGAACUGUGGAACAAGUUUCUGGGUUAGUGGAGGAUUGCAAUCUUGAGUACGGAGAUUAGUCAGUCGGUUGAAUGCUGAUAACCAACAGAACCGGGCGUCACACGAUGGACGAUAUUAACUGGAACAAAAUUAUCUACAUUGAGGAUGAACAAAAGCUCAUCUACUUCGACCAGAAAACGUACAAACUACCGGAGGCCAUCCUGAACCUGUACUCGGACCGAGUUCGUCACCUGGAUUUGAGCUACAACAAGCUGUCCUCGUUCGAGUCGCUGGAGCUGUUCACCAACCUCGAGGAACUGGUUCUGGAUAACAAUUACCUGACCGACGAUAUCAUAUUUCCGGCGCAGUUGGAUCGAAUCAAACUGCUGUCGUUGAACAACAAUAAGUUCGAGAACCUGGAUCUGCUGCUGACAAAGCUUUCUCUCUGCUUUCCGAACCUGGAAUACCUGAGCCUGCUGGGAAAUCCUGCCUGCCCGUGCCAUUUGCUGAAUCUCAAAUACUCCGAGUACGAUUAUCUCAAAUACAGGCUCUACAUCAUCCGCUACCUACCGCGCCUUCGGAUCCUGGAUGCACAACGGGUGAAAAAGAUGGAACGUGACUUCGUUCGCAGCCAGCAGAGCCAGGAGUACGAAGAGGAGGAAAACAGCAGCAGCAGUAGUCGCAGGGGAAACGCCCUGCGCCACUUCUACGCCAGCCUGAGUACGGCCCUGGGGGUGCGACCGAAAGAACCGCCCGUGUACCAUCCGCUGCCGGAGAGCAUACGCGAGGCGGGCGACCAUCGGGGGGCGUACGGGAAGUGCCGCUACCGCUACAUCGGGGCACAAUCCGAGGGCAAUCGGUUCAUACUCAACACGGAUUUAUGAGUAUUUUUAAACGUUGUAUUUGUAGGAAUAGUGCUUUUUACACAGAUGGCUAACAAUAAUGAUAAUUAUAGGAAUAAAGGUAUUGUAAAUGAG